AGAUUCAGGAAACACUCUGACAUCGAGCAGCUGUCGAUACAAGCAGAGGAAACAGAAACAGAUUAAUGAUCUGAAGGAAUCAGAAGAUGAUUCAUCUACUUGUCCUCGCUCUGGUCCUCACAGGCUGUGAGGCUGAACAUGAAAUCAAGGCGUGUACGGGAGGAUGGUUUGAACUCACCUGCGAAUACAAAAUUGGAACAUAUCAAACCAUCGACGUCAAGAUUCCAAGAGGAAAUGUAAAAAGCACUAAAGUGAACACAUGGGAACAGAAUGAGAAUGUUUUCUUAUACCACGAUACAGUAAAAAAACUCCUCAGGGUGAAGGUCACAUCACUGACGUUUGCUGAUUCUGGUUGUUACAAGUGUAAGAAUAAGGAAAAAGUGAAGCUGGAAGUGAAGAACGGCGACUGCCAGGGACCGCUUCAUCAAACUGUUAAAGCAACGGAUAAAACCACCGUAACAUGCAACUACCCCAAGAACAGACAAGGGUUUUUUUUCUGCAAAGAGAACGGUUCUGACUGCAGGGACGUCUUUCCAACACAUCUUACUCCAUGGUCAGAGGGAAGGUUCAGGCUGACGGAAAUCAAAAGUGGUUUCAACGUGUCCAUCAGCGUCGUGUCCUCACAGGAUGGUGGCGUCUACUGGUGUGGACACAAAUCAGCUCAUAGAAGUUACAGCAUUUCACUCAGAAAAAUAAAGCUGGAGGUUAAAAUUUCAGAGCCUCCACCAGCAACAACACCCUCCGACCAUGAAACUACAGCAUCUUCUACUUCCUCAGUCCAGACAGCCACUGCAUCUGCCAAGCCUCAGGGUGGCUCUUUGUUACUGGUUAUCAUUGCAAUUGUUGCAGUGGUGUGUGCAGCCGCGCUGGUACUUCUGGUCGUCUUGUUCAAACUGUGUCCUAAAGCUAACCGAGGAUAUGAGGGAUCAAAAAACACAACCCAGAACGAGGACCACAGCUAUGCAGAGAUAGAAGAGCGCCCCCAUAGGCCAGGAUCAGGAACUGCACCAAAAACCCUGUACGUCACUGCCAACUUCCCCACAAACGUUUCUGCCUCCCAUUACUCCAACAUCCUGUUUGAGAAAAGCUCUGGUGAAGUUAGUGAUGACACAUAUUCCACUGUAGGGGGCAGUGUCCCGUGUCCCAGCUACUCUACUGUCAAUCAUCCUUCCAGCUUCACUGAAAAACCUCCUGAUUCAUUACAUUACAUUACAUUACAUGCUAUUUAGCAGACGCUUUUAUCCAAAGCGACUUACAUUUUUAGAACACUCAUCAUUUUAUGAGGGGCCAUCUAGGGGUUCAGUAUCUUGCCAAGGACACUUAGGCAUGCAGAUGGGAUAGAGUGGGAUUCGAACCGGCAACCUUCUUGUUGCAGAGCACCCGCUCUAUCCCCUAGGCCACGCUCUCCCCUUAUAGCACUUUUCUAGUCUUGAUGACCGAUCAAGGCGCUUUACAGUACAGUUUUACAUUCACCCAUUCACACACACAUUCAUACAGUGCAUCUAAUCACAGCACUUUGUUAUUCUAUGGGGGACCAUUCAGGGUUCAGCAUCUUGCCCAAGGACACUUCGGCAUGCAGAUGGGUCAGACUGGGGAUUGAACCGCUGACCUUCAGGUUGGAGGACGACCACUCUACCACUCAGCCACAGCCGCCCCUGAUUCAACCGUCAACUUCUCCGUCAAGUCCUCACAGGGGCUUUAAAAACACAAACCUGGCUCAGACGUCAGAAAGAAACAGGAAUAUAUCCAAUAUUUUGUCAAAACAUUUGUAAGAUUAGCAGCUAAUGAAUCUAUUGUACUGUGUUUGUGUUAUUAUCAUCUGUUCCCUUUGGAAAAUUAUGAAGAAUUUGAGGAAAAACUAUGAAAACGUUAAUUAUAACAUGUAAUCAGUAUUUUUGAAAAGACCAUAUUAUAUCCUUUGUGUGUAUAUAUAUUAAUAUAAAUUGUUUAUCGUCAUGUUUCACCAGAUACCCUAAGAAACAUACUUGAUAUAUUGUAUUAAUAUCAAGGGGUGAAGUGUAUUUUUGUAACAUAGAUUUAAAUUUUCAGUUUUGUCUCAGAAUUCACGAUCCACCGGAAAAAAAUGUAAUUAGACAUUUCUUGACCUUUGGCCUCUGACGUGUUAAUAUUUGAUCAUCUGUGAUUGAAGAAGUCACCCUGUCAUGUGUCCCUGCUGUGGCUCCUCACGCCACAUAACACACCAUAACACACAAUAACAUGGUGCCAGCGUGAGUUUUGACAGAAAGUGGAAGAAGAUAUCCAGCACAGCUGUUCAAACACUGAACACACAAAAAAACAAGUUCAGAGACCCUGAAGAAAAAAAACAUUUCAACAUCAGAACCCAGAUGAGCACAUGAGGAGUUCGGCUCUGCUCC